AUGGCCGCUGUCAAAAAGUUGAAGUCCAAUCCCAAGCUGGCCGUCAUCACGGGCAUCAGUGGCCAAGAUGGCUCCUACCUUUGCGAGCUCCUUCUGGAAAAGGGAUACAAAGUGCACGGUCUCGUUCGGCCCUCCGCCCAGAGACAGCAGACUCUGAAUCGCCCCCUGCGAGAGGGGGUGACCCUUCAUUAUGGUGAUAUGUCUGAUCUGGGAAGGCUCAUUCAGAUACUUGGCAGCAUCCAGGAUAUCGACGAGAUAUACCAUCUUGCGGCGCAGUCUCAUGUCGGCGUUUCAUUCGAGACGCCAUUAUCCACGAGCGAUACCAAUGCAAUGGGAACUCUGCGAUUACUUGAAGCUAUGAGGGUUCUUGGUUUGGGCAAGACCACCCGAUUCUACAACGCCGGUACAUCGGAGCUGUACGGAUCCGACAUGCCCGCACCGCAGACAGAAGAGACACCCUUCCACCCUGUGUCGCCGUAUGCUACAGCCAAACAAUUCCAGUAUUGGACUACUGUUAAUUUCCGGGAAGCGUAUGGCUUUCAUGCUUCAAAUGGGAUUCUCUUCAACCAUGAGUCUCCCCGACGGGGUACCACUUUUGUAACGCGCAAAAUCACUACCCAAGUUGCGUUGAUUGCCUGUGGACUGUUAGAAAGCUUCGAGCUAGGCAAUCUCAAUGCCGUCCGUGAUUGGGGUCAUGCAAAAGACUAUAUGUACGGCGCACAUCUUAUUCUCCAACAGCCCAAAGGGGGAGACUACGUUCUUGCCUCCGGUCAGGCAUACAGCGUGAGGCAAUUUGUUGAAGCCGCUUUCGGGAUCAUCGGAGUCAAAAUCAAAUGGUCCGGUACGGGCCUCGACGAAAUUGGUACUGACUCCGUCAGUUCCAAGGUCCAUGUUCGAGUGAAUCCAAAGUACUAUCGAACUCUGGAAAACGAAACUUUGCUUGGUUCGGCGGAAAAGGCCAGAAGGGUUCUUGGCUGGCAGCCCAAGUACACCUUCGAUGACCUGGUGCGAGAGAUGGUUCUUUCAGACAUCAGAGCUGUUAAGGCUGGCAAGAUGUUUGCACACACAUACUUGGAUCUAGACUGGCUAGUGGAUGAGAGCAGUGAGGCACCCAAGGCUCCUAUCUAUGGUAUUGAGAGCAACGGUGAUAUUCAUGAUAACGGUCAGAACACCGCCGUCCAACUGACUGCAUAA